GUAAAAUGCACUAUAAGCUGCAUUCAGUCCUCUAGGAAGCCCCACACCAUGAAUGAAUGAAUGUUACAUUUAUUUAGCAUUUUUCAAGUCACCCAAAGCUCUUUACAGAACCAGUGGGGAGCCACUUCAAUUCCUGUGUAGCCCCCACCUGGAUGAUGCGACGGCAGCCAUUCUGCACCAGUACGCUCACCACACAGUAGCUAAGGUGGUGAAGGGGCAGGAGAGAAUUCACCAGUUAGAUAGAGGGGAUGAUUAGGAGGCUAGAUCUGAUAUGGCCACGGUGGGCAAUUUUUCCCUUGGACAUCAAGGCACCACCCCUACUCUUUUGAAAGAUGCCCAGGGAUCUUUUACAACCUCACAGAGUCGGGACCUUGCUUUUAAAUCUCAUCCAAAGGACAGAAGAUGGCAGCCACUCAGGGUGUGACCGUUGGCAAUGUGGGCCCAUGUGAGAGCCAUUGCCAUGACAACCCUACUCGCCUCAAUGCUUUCCCCAACAUGCAGGAACAUUUGAUAGAACAACACCCUUGUGGGGGUCUCCCCGUGCCCCAUGCCCCACGGGUAUCACUACUGUACACAGUUCCUCUUAUUAGCUGCCCUUUCAGCCUGUGCCUUCACACCUGCAUGUAACAGCUCUGUCAUUUACCACCCACAUGCAGUGUUUACAGUAUCAGUUUGAAAGUAUACCGGACAUAAGGAUUAACCGUGAUAUCUAUGUUUACAGUUUCACUUCUUUAUGUUAAAGUCUUUAUUUAAAUGCCAUUGCCAGCAUUUCUAAUGUAAUGAAUCAUUAUGCACACCUUCUAGCUGCAGACACGUUUACACAGUUACAUCCUAUCAAUUACAAACAAGUAGAGGACAGGUGAAAGUAGGGACCCUUGCCUGGCUCUGGUCCUUACUGUACUGUACUGACGAAGGUCACUAUGAAAUAUCAAUACUUGGUGAUGUUAAUAAGCUUGACUCUUACACCAUAAAGUCAGCGAACUUUCCAAGUGUCUCUCUACCCAGAGUCUCAGAUUUUCAUUAUUGGUGAAACUGAUGUGGGGUAGGGACUUCCCAUUCCGUUGACUGCCAAGUCAUCAUGCUCAGCAUUACAGUCUGGUCUGUGCAGGGCUGGACUCUGCAAAUGCCACCUUGCUGGUCACGUGGCUGACUGUCAGCAUUGCCUUUCAUUAUGUUUAAGACGAUCCCAAUGCACAAUUUUUUUCAGUAUGGACAUUGUGAUCCUUGUGUAGUUCUCACAGUUGUUAAGCUUACAUUUCUUUGCAAUUUUGAUAAGGUUGUCUUUCCACUCUGUCUGUACAUUGUUUUUCCACUCUGAUCUUCUCGAAGAGUAAGUACAGUAUUUCCAUUACAGUCUAUCUCGUCUGCCUCGAGCAUCCCUGCAGGGGUGUUAACAGCACUGUGCUCUGUCGAUGAUCAUUACCUCCAACAUUGCUACCUGGAGAUGAGUGCAUGCACAAACAUUUUCCUCAGCGAGCUUCACUGUAAAAAAGGGGGUUUAUUACAGAUUCUUCUCCCGUCGUUUUUCGCAUCAGAAGCUGAAUAUUUUAUUGUUGACCAUCUGUCGUGCCGAAACACCGCGGUGCAACUUUUAGCUUUAAAGCACAAUAAAAUGUUUUGAAUAUCCGUUUAUCUUGAGGUCACUGCAUGCAAAACACAACUAUUUUGGCACAAAAACAACCACAUUUCCUUGAGUGUGAAAAAGGAAAAACAGAGGAAGGUGGAAGAAAACAAUAGAACUGGGGAAAAAAAACAGAAAAAGACUGAAUAAUCUGUCAGGCUGAUGCUUCACAGAACUGCGAAACCAAGGCUGCUUUUGGAUACUACGUGCUCCUGUUGGGUAGCCGACAUGAUAUAUUCAAGAUGAAUUCAAGAAGAUUCAGUGAUGAAAGAGGAGCUCAGAUGAAUGAAUGAAUUAAAGAAAAAGGUUGACAAGCCAUAGUGAUUCAGUAGUUUCUGCAUGAUCACCUCUGUUCGCAGUCACAUCUUGUUUGGGCGGCUAAGAUGGAAGCCAGUGUUGUCAAGGCGGAGGUCCUGAUGAAAAUGUCGCAACAGAAGAAAAUAAUCUCCCCAAGGAAUUACAAAUACAGGCUUUUCGAACUCACCAGCAAUUACAUAACCUACUACGAAUAUGAGAAGGGGAAAAAAGGAGCCAGGAAAGGCAGCAUGGCGAUUGACAGCAUCUACUGUGUGCAGACAGUGCAGCCUGAAGGCGAUGCUCCCGUUCAGAGACAGUUCCCUUUUCAGCAGAUAGUUUACGAUAAAGGAAUCCUGUAUAUUUUUGCAAAAGAUGAAGACAGCCGGAGAAGCUGGGUGGGGGUAUUGAGCGAAGGAACGAGGAACAACGCCAAGCUCAUGGAGACGUACCACAGUGGUUUCUAUGUGGAAGGGAGGUUUCUCUGCUGUAAACAGACAUCUAAAGCUUCCCCUGGCUGCACUCUUUCCAAGGCCGUUGCAGGUGAAUCUGAAAAUACAACACCAGUCUUCAACAAAAGCCUGCCACCUCUUCCUGGUUUGGAGGGAAGGGACAGACUGGCACUACCCCCCAUCCCGAAGGAAACGAAGAGCUCACCAAGCCUUGUAGACACCUGGUGCAACAAUGCCAGCGAGCCCGUCCUCGAACAAGAGACAGACCACAGGUGGAAGGUGAAAAACGUUGAAGGAACCCAUGGCGGAGUUGCCCCUGCGUGCUUACAAGAGGCAGCUCUGGGUGGAAACUCCCUCACUGAGUCAAGGAAGAGACUGACUAAGCGAUCUUGUACCAUAGACUGUCAACAAAACAACAAACACAAAAUGGACUGGUCAGAUCGUUCCAUCAGCUUUGACACUCAUUCAGCCACCCAGCCCCUCGUCUUUCCUCAGUCUGACAACGUGGAGGACUACUCGUGGUAUGGAGGGAACAUGUCCAGAGUGAAGAGCGAGACACUCUUGCAGCAAAUGGGGAAAGAAGGGGGCUUUCUGGUGAGGGAUUCCAGUCACAAAGGGUCGUACACUGUGUCAUUGUUCAGCUUGGCACUCAACAAAACAACAGGGACGGUUCGCCACUACCUCAUAAAUACUACCGAUGACAAGCAGUUUUACUUGGCGGAGGACCUCGUGUUUGACUCAAUCCCUAAAUUGAUCGCAUACCACCAACUAAAUGGAGCAGGGCUGCUGACGAGAUUACGACACCCAGCCCUGGGCAGUGAUACAAUUCCCAGUUCAGGCUAUGGCGACUGGGAACUGCGUCGGGAGGAAAUAACUCUUGUAAGGCAGCUGGGCAGUGGGCAAUUUGGUGUGGUCCAGCUGGCUUUGUGGAAGGGGAGGUGUGAGAUCGCCGUCAAAACCAUCAAGGAGUGCUCCAUGUCCACCGACGAGUUUAUCGAAGAGGCCAAGAUAAUGAUGAGGCUGAAGCACCCCAAGUUGGUGUCCUUGCACGGGGUCUGCACAGAUGCGUACCCCUUCUACAUCGUGACCGAGUACAUGGAAAAUGGCAACCUGCUGGAGUACCUGAAGACCCACGGAGACGAGUGUCCCCCCUCCCGGCUCCUGGACACCUGCCUGGAUGUGUGCGAUGGCAUGUGCUACCUGGAGAGACAGCAGUUUAUACACAGGGACCUGGCUGCAAGAAAUUGCCUGGUACACAAGAAUCUUACUGUUAAAGUGUCAGACUUUGGGAUGGCCAGGUAUGUGAUGGAUGACCAGUAUACAAGCUCAGCAGGGACCACGUUCCCAGUUAGGUGGUCUGCACCAGAAGUUUUGAGCUACACCAGGUUCAGCAGCAAGUCUGACGUCUGGGCUUUCGGUGUGUUGAUGUGGGAGGUGUAUACCCUGGGCAGACAGCCAUACGAGUCCUACGACAACAAGCAGGUGGCUGAGAAGGUCAUGCAGGGUUGCAGACUACACCGGCCCCAGCUGGCCAGCGAGGAGCUCCACAGUCUGAUCACCAGCUGCUGGUAUCAGAACCCACAGGACAGGCCGCCCUUUCAUCAGAUCUUCGAGGAUCUCCAAGCAUUUCAUGAGGACAGGCAACACAUAGACAGCGUUUGGGAUGACAGCGAUAAAAUAACUGAAGUCCAAAUCUUCCAUGCAAAACAGGAAUUAAACUUGUGACAGUGUGGCAUGAAAUGCCAGUCUCACAAGACAGUCAAGAUACCCAAAGACAAACUCCCUCUUCACACUUUUAUGAUAAUUUUGCAUCACUCAUUUGCAGCACUUCUCAAGGUCCUCUUCAGACUCUUAAUGUUUAUGGGUUUCAGGUAUAGAUUUUCCUUGGGAAUAACGGUGGCGGUAUUAUGGGGGGAUGUCUGGGAGCCUUCAGCAGGGAAAGCUGUUUGGAUGGAUGAAAUUGUAUAUUGUAGUGGGGGCUUUUCAGUAUAUAUGCAAGACCGAAACCACUUACUCAACACACAGUUCCAGAAUCCAGCCCUGCUCCCCCGUAUUUCCCUGACACGUCAUGCGGUGAGACGAUUGAAUCAUCUUCAAUGUUCAACAAACCACAGGAGACCAACUGCCACAUGGGCAUGUGCUUCUGCUUCAGAGAAGGAAUUCUGAUGCUACUUCUGUUUAACGUCAUGUCCAGAGAACCAGCUUUUGAACAUGGCCACUGACAGGCAAAUAUGAGAAUGAAAUACUGACAUUACCAUCUGCCAAACGGGGGUGGGGGGAUGUGCAUGAAAAUAUGGCACAAAUUGCAUUAUUUUAUUUUUGGAUACGUGACGACUAUGAGACUGCUGACUCUAGCCACAUCCCCUCCUGGCAAAUGCUUGUUUAACCCCGUCAGCUCUGCCCAUCACGGAUCUGCCUCCUACACUGUGUGAGCCAUUAGUGGGCUCUUCCUAAUCGUCCCUAACCUUAAUCCUAAAUAAUUUCUGGUUAAAAUUCAGGAACCGUUUUCCUGACUGCUACGCUAAUGCUACAUAUUCGAAAGUGAAAUCGUUAAAAAAAAUAAAUUAAUUAAAAAAGCAGAACAAAUUAAUGCUGCGGUUUGUGGUAAUGCAGUGAUGCAGUGUACUAUGGCAGUGAUAAAACUGGAAAGUAUCACGGAAAAGCUUGUCACUGACUGCAGACCUACAAAGACCUCGUCACUAAGGUUCUGACGGCUGUUUGCUGAUUUUGACUGUGUUCUAUUAUAGUGUCAGUGAAUAAAAGAGCUACCCUGCAGUUUA